GGACCAAAUCCUAUUCCCUCAAUCCCUACCAAAAAGUUUCUGCAAAGGAUUAAGGAUCAUAGUUUUUACUUCAGAGGAUUUAUAAGAAGGAUGAUAAUAACAUAAUGCGUUCAGAUGACAGCGUAAUAGCAAGAGCGAAGCCACUGAACUAGUGUUCUUGAAAUCUUGAAAUCAUGAACUAGUGGGACUUGGGAGUUUAAAGCUAGUUUGGCCUUCUUCUUCUUCUUCUUCUCGAAAGUCCCUGAAUUCACGUCUACGGAUGUUUCUGCAAUUGAAGAUGGUGACUGGAUGUCGAAUUUCUCAGCACUUGAGAAAUUACAACCUGGGUUAUUGUUCCAGGGCUCCAUUUUGUCGUCUGUUGGUUGGCGGGAAGUUCGUAUCGUUCUCUCUGAAUCCUUGUGACAGCACUGGUCACAAGAAUCGUUUUCUUGGGAUUGGGAUUUCCGGCAAUUUUUCUGGGUUUCAAGCUGGCACUCUGCGAGCCAUAUCAUCCAAUGAAGCUCCCAUUUUCUCAGAUUGUUUCAGUCAACGUGAAGAUGAUGGGGAGCUUCCUUCUGAUGGUUCAUCAUCUGUCACCGGAGGUGUAGUGGCUCUGGGAAAGUUUGAUGCUCUUCAUGUCGGUCACCGAGAACUUGCUGUGCAUGCAUCAAAGGCUGGCAUUCCUUUUCUUAUGUCAUUUGUUGGAAUGGCAGAAGUUUUUGGUUGGGAACCCCGGGCUCCUAUAGUUGCCAAAUGUGACCGGAAGCGGGUUCUUGCCUCCUGGGCUUCUCAUUGUGGUAAUGUUGCCCCAACUGAGUUCCAUGUUGACUUCUCAAGUGUUCGACAUCUCUCCCCACGACAGUUUGUUGAGAAGUUAUCCAAAGAAUUUGGAGUACGUGGAGUUGUGGCGGGUGAAAACUACCGCUUUGGAUACAAAGCUGCAGGCGAUGCAUCGGAGUUGGUGAAGCUUUGUGGGGAGUAUGGACUGGGAGCUUAUAUUGUGAACUCUGUCAUGGACAGGAACCAAUGCAUGAGAGAUAAAGGCCCUAACAAUUCAAAAGAGAUGGGACAGGUAUCAUCUACCCGGGUUCGUCAUGCUCUUGCUGAAGGAGAUAUGAGAUAUGUGUCAGAGCUUUUGGGGCGCAAACACCGUCUCGUGCUGAAAAUGAGAAACCAAGAAGUACUUAUUGGCAAUGAGAAAAGGAUAUCAGCUCCCAAGUCCAAUUUGUUGAAUCUAUCACCCAAGGAUGGUUUAUAUCAGAACUGCUCUCUGUUGUUUAAUGAAAAAACUGUAGUACCAUGUAGAGCAACCAUUGAUACAACUCACAUUUAUGUGGAAGCUGAUGAAGGUUAUUGGACACAAGUCCCAUUGCAGAACUACAGAGUUCUUGGGAUUGAAUUUGAUGACACGGCAAAAGAAUGAUUUGAUUUAGUCUCAAGUAGCUUCUAUAAGAGAAUUGCAUGCAUGCAUGCAUGCAUGCUUAUACUUCUAGGAAAAAAUUAAAAGUGGGAAGGAGUAUUGUGACAAGAGGUGGUGUGAUAGUUCCUUAGCCAUUCAAUUCACAAAAAUAUUCUUUUCUUCUUUUGGAAAAUGAUAAUGAAAUGAUAGUCAAUAGAUAGCGUAUGAUUUACUUUUCAGGUUAAUUGUAUGAUUAUCUGAUAUAGUAAAGAAAAAAAAAAUUGGUGGAGCACUUGCUUUUAA